AUGGCUGGCAAGGACUUGGGAGAGCAUGCGGUGCCUCAUGCAUCGCCCAAUACUGCUUCUUACAAACGCAAAUUUGUUACGGGUGCAGUGCUUGGUUUAGCAGCUCUAGCAUUGCUUAGAAACUGUACCACCACACCGACAUCAACAUGGAACUUUCUCUUGAAUCCGAGCAAAUCUAGACUGGAUUCGCAAUGUCACCAAGCUGAACCUCUUUUUCCUUCCAGAAAAACGAAAGAGUUGGAUGAUAUGGAGAGCUAUCUGACCUCUGACGACUUCCGCAAUGUUGCUAUCGAGCGCUUAUCAGGCGCUGUGAAGAUCCCCACCCAGAGCUACGAUGAUAUGGGCGACAUCGGCGCGGACCCCCGAUGGGACAUUUUCUAUUCGUUUGCAGAAUAUCUCAGCAAGACCUAUCCACUGGCGCAUGCGACACUUCAGCUCGAAAAAGUAAACACGCAUGGCUUGCUGUACACAUGGACUGGCACCAAUCCCAGCUUGAAGCCCAACUUGCUCAUGGCGCAUCAAGAUGUCGUGCCUGUCCCGGAUUCAACUCUCAAGCAAUGGACGUACCCGCCUUUCUCAGGACACUACGAUGGAAAAUUUGUAUGGGGAAGAGGUGCAAGUGACUGCAAGAACCAGCUCAUGGCUAUCCUGAAUGCUGUUGAGGCACUCAUUGCUGCCGACUUUACGCCUCAACGAACACUAAUCUUGUCUUUUGGCUUUGACGAGGAGAUUUCUGGUGGAGAGGGGGCAAAGCAUCUCUCAGCCUACCUGUUGAAGAAACUGGGACACAAUUCAAUCGCUGCUAUCGUCGACGAGGGCGCGGUAAAUAUCGAAAGCUGGGGCGCCAACUUUGCCAUUCCAGGUGUUGCAGAGAAGGGCUAUGUUGAUGUUGACAUUGUUGUUCGCAUGCCUGGUGGCCAUAGUAGCAUCCCCCCUCCGCACAACGGGAUUGGGGUUGCCAGUGAACUUAUUACCCUGAUUGAAGCGAACCGCUAUGAACCACAUCUCGCGGACGAGAACCCAUACCUAGGCCUUCUCCAAUGUGGCGAAACGUACGCACCCGAUUUCCCACAGCAGCUGGGAAAGCUCCUGGACAAGCGCUCCCGACGCCAUGCAACCUGUAGCAAGAAAGACGACCUCGCCCUCGAAGCCGCCAAAGCAGGACCCGGAAUAAAAUACCUCUUUACAACCUCCGUCGCUGUCGACAUCAUCCACGGAGGCGUCAAAACCAACGCACUACCCGAGCGCACCCAGUUCACGGUGAAUCACCGUAUCAACGUCGGCUCUACCUCCUCCGAAAUCAAAUCCCACAUUUCCUCCUUGGCCACCCAGGUAGCUGAAAAGUACAACCUCACACUCCACGCGUUCACCGGCGAAGAAACACCCUCCAGUAUCUCUCUUUCCCACGGUCCCACCAUCUUGGAACCCGCACCCAUAACUCCGACAUCGCUUGUUCAAUCUUCUUCUAACGCUUCGGUCUCGACUACUACAACUCCUUUUGCCCUUCUCGCAGGUACUACGCGCGCACUGUAUGGCCGCGAUCUGAUUGUCAGUCCGGGUCUUAUGACGGGGAAUACGGAUACAAGGUUCUACUGGGAUUUGAGCGAGCAUAUUUUCCGCUACGGGCCCGGUUGGGAUAAGGAGCAGGUUGGCUUGGGGAAUAUUCAUACGGUGGAUGAGAAGGUCGGGAUUACGGCGCAUUUGGAUACUGUGAAGUGGAUGGUGGGGUGGAUUAGGAAUGUGGAUGAGGCGGCUAUUUAG